GGGAGAGAAACGGGCUGUAGCCAAAGUGGCUAGCUAGCACAAAAAAGAGGAAGAGAGAAAUGGGGAAUGUUUCUCUCAUCUAACGGGCAAAUACAGCUGAGGAAAAAACAGCCUCAGCUCUUCACGUGCAUGAGAUGAUGACAGACCAUGAGCAGUGGGUGUUUAUGUAGUUAAGCAGCUCUUGUUCGUGCGAGGGAGCUGUUGCUGGAUUAGUUUAGCAGCUAAUUUAGCAGUCUGUUAUUAGCAAUCUAAUGCUAAAUGCAACCCUUGUCGUCAGAUUUACAGACACGUUCGACCCAGAUCCAUCUUUCUGAAACAGGAAAGGGGGAUUCAGCUCUAUUUAAAGUGAUGAUGAAGGCUUUGGCGUUCACAUGAUUGACAUUUCCCAGUCACAUGGCCAGACUCUGCGGUUAGCAUCCUUCGGUCAGCAGAUAGGACCGUCCCAUGCCCUCACCUGACUGGGUGUACAAGGAUGAAGAAGAUCAGUCUGAAGACGAUCAGAAAGUCACUUAACAUAAAGGGCAAAGAAGAUGGGGAUUUUGUCAUGCUCCAGCAGCCAUCUUUAGCGGCCGAGUUCACCAAGGAUGACUCUCUCUUUGGAGGCUGUUACACCAAAGGGCUGGUAGGUUGCGAUCUUAAUGGGGAGGAUGAGAAGGGUCAUAAGAACCGAUCGAAGAGCGAAAGUCUUAUGGGCACUCUAAAGAGGAGACUGUCUACCAAACAGAAAGCGAAAGUCAAAGGAGGCCCCACCACGGUGGGCUCUGGAGAUGAUGACGACACCUUCUCUUCCUCGUCGGUCCCGAUAAGCUUUAAUGAAGUCAAAGCCCAGCGGCCCUUAAGAUCCUCGUCCCUCCGAAGCCAUCAUUACAGCCCUUCUCCAUGGCCUUUCCGGCCAGUCGUCUCUGAAGAGGCUUGUAUCAAGAUGGAGGUGAAAGUCAAAGCUAUGGUCCACUCCCCCAAUCCCAGUCCCUCCCUCAAUGGCAUCAGAAAGGAGUUCCAUGACAUCCAAUUAGAAGGUCUGUUCCAGGAUCAGAGCGAGUCUCUGAAGGACAUGGAUACUCAGAGUGGCAACUUGCAUUUGAACAUUGAGGAUCAUGUGCCUAUUGGACUCACACCUCAGGACUACAUCCAGUACACAAUGCCUUUAGAUGAGGGAAUGUACCCAGAUUCAUCCCAAUCCUUCUGCUUGGAUGGUCCCUCGCCAAUGGAAGUGGUCGAUCAGGUUGAAUCUAGCUCGUUGCACGUGGAUCAGGGCCCAGAUGACCACGAUCUCAUGCCAUCGGACAUUCUCAUGGAGCAGGCAGUGAACGGACACCUUCCUGGUACUCCAGCGAUGGUCCUUUCCAACUCCAGAGCCGACACACCAUUAUUUUCUCCCUCCCUGUCACCUCUUUCCAACAAUGAUAUUCCAAGGACCCUCUCCGGGUUCAGUGGUGCAGACUCUCAUGUUGUCGAGAGAGUGAGGCACCACCUGAACUUUGACCCCAGUUCCGCUCCCGGUGUUAGCAGGGUGUACGAUUCUUUCCAAAGCAGCGGACCCAUGGUUGUAACAAGCCUUACAGAGGAACUUAAAAAACUGGCCAAGCAGGGUUGGUACUGGGGACCUAUAACUCGAUGGGAGGCUGAGGAGAAGCUCAUCAACCUUCCAGACGGCUCUUUUUUGGUGAGGGACAGUUCAGACGAUCGCUAUCUCCUCAGCCUAAGCUUUCGGUCACAGGGAAAGACGCUUCACACCAGGAUCGAACAUUCGAACGGUAGAUUCAGCUUUUACGAGCAGCCAGACGUAGAAGGUCACACUUCCAUCGUAGAUCUCAUCGAGCACUCUAUAAAAGACUCUGAAAAUGGCGCAUUCUGUUACUCCAGAUCCCGUCUACCGGGGUCCGCCACGUACCCCGUUCGCUUGACCAAUCCCGUUUCGCGGUUCAUGCAAGUCCGUUCCCUGCAAUAUCUUUGCCGCUUUGUUAUCCGACAGUACACGCGGAUAGAUUUGAUUCAGAAACUGCCUUUACCAAACAAAAUGAAAGAUUAUUUGCAGGAGAAGCACUACUGAACGGAUUGUAGUGGGAUAUGGUAGUAAAUUGCACUUUUUGUUGAGUGGCGCGUUCUUAAAACAGUUUACAUAUAUGGAGGUCAGGUGAUCAGCUGCGUAGGUUGACUAUCCGAUCUUCCCACAGAUAUAUGCGGUUAAUUUGUUGUUGCUCAGAUUCAGUGUUUUACAUUUUGCAGGUCUUUUCGGAGCAACGUGGUAACUCUAGAAACUAUUUAGGAUUGGGAUGCCAUGCCUAAUACACAUAUUCAUUGUUUAUAUGAAUAUGUUUUGCAGUAAUGCUAAUACUCUUAUCAAAGCUUGGAUUUGAGGAUUGGAUGUUGCAUUAAUGUGCUUCAUUCAUCAAUAGUUUUGCUGUAGUGUAAAGGUGUGGUCACAUUGGCAAAAUUUCUGCAAAAAUUCGCGAGCAAAAGAGUUCUAUUUUCAACAGUGAAGCACAGCUAAAAUAGAAAUCAUCUUUCUGUUGGUCAAUGUGGCGAAUCUGUUGUGAAAUUUGCGUCAGGAAAUCUUGCGCAACUUGCGUGAAAUUCCCAAUCGUGUCGAUUUCUAUUGAAACGACUGGGUUUUCGCUCAUGAAAAUUCUCUGAACAAUGAUGAAUGUGAUCGCACCUUUACAGCGAAUUUGUUUUUCUCUGGAAAUAUGAUGUCAGCCAUGUUUUUGGCAGGUUUUGAUAGUUUUCCUUCUACAAAUCGGUACUUUUAAUGAAACUUGCGAAUAUGCUGGAUGACUGAAUUUUGAUGGAAUACAGUUAUCACGUCGAAUGCGUCAAAGUUCGACAGACAACUUUUGUAAGAGAAUAAUUAUUUAUUUAGGAUUAAUGUUCUACAUUUAUUAGAGGUUAACAGUAAAACAUUUACUCGACACUUAGACUUUUGUAGAUCUGUGCAACAACAAAUUCGGUUCAGUCAGGUAUGAGAAGGCCACAAAAGAAAGGACUGUGAAUCACAUCCAAAACAAAUGUUAUAGAAGAAUUCAUGCAGAAUGCCACGAAUCUGUGAUGUUAUACAAAAAAGGGAGCAGGUAGAGAACAAAAGAGGUUUUGUUUUUUAUUUAUGUUGUAUAGUGUGGUUCAUACAGUAUUCUGUUCUGUCUAAAUCAUUUUUGGCUCAUGUACAUUAAGCAAAGGUUUAUUAUGGUUCAUGAGCAUCUUAUUUGUCUUUUAUAAACACCAUUUUAAGCAUUUCAUAUUCUAGCGCUGGAAUGAUUGCCGUCACUCGUUGUUGUUGCUCUGGUUGAGAGAAGAAAAUAAUGCUAGGAAUUGGUGACAAGCUACCCAAAACCUAAAAGCACAGUUUUAUAUUCGCUUGUUUAUACUUGAACCAUGAGCAAACUUUCAAUUAAUCUGCAAGUAUCCCAAAGGAAUUAUGCAUUCAUAAAUAUGGGAGAUUUUUUUGCCCUUUGCCGAACGACAGAAGGCUUUCCUUACCCUCUGUCCUCCAUAAUAGCAGCAUGUCAGCCUGUCAAUAUUUCAUAAACUCUGCUUCAAGCCAAAAAUGUUGCAUUCAGACAUUUGAGAAUUUAUACAUUGUUGUCCGUUUAGUUUUUCCCACACCGCCUAUCCUCAUCAGAAAGGGAACUAUCUGUUGCUUUUCUUUUGUUUAAGAAGACUUCAGAUAGGAAAAAUUGGAUGCUCGUGUUUUGUGAGAGUUGGUGGUUUUUGCGCAUUACUUAAGUGAUGCUGCCUGGGAUAAAUAUGUCAUGAAUUGGUUCAGUUGGCGCUGCUUGGCUUUGGACUACAUUGGGAUAAUCAGCAAACAGGGGAGCUUAUAAAUGUCUCUUUAGCUGGCAUGUUGAAUGUGUGUGAAUCAGAGCCAGAACUUUCUAUUUGCGGUUUCGCACCACACAUGGUCUAAGGCUUUUAAGGGCCUUUUUUAAAAAGUGCCAACUGGCGUUCACAGAAACCGGUGAACAAUGCCGCAGAAAGUAUUCGUGAGACACCUUGGGGAGACUUUGAAGGUUAGCUGUCAAAUAAACACAGUUUGCCAUCUUUAAUAUUCAUUAGUGAAAACAUAACCCAUAGAGUUCAUUCCUUCGGUGAAAAAUGUGUUUGUUUUGCGUAAUGCGUAUGAGGGAACAGUUUGAGAUGGAAAUUGCUCCUUAACACACCCGGAAACUUACUUUAAAUGCUGUAUCUGUGUGUUUUGGUAAAGAAUAUGAUGUUCAUGUUUAUUUGUUGUAUUUGAAUGGGCAAAGCUGCCAUUUUCCAAUUAAAUGAAGGGUUGUUGGAUGUCAGAAUCAACUAAAUUGUGUGUGUUUGAGAGUGUGGUUGAGUAAGCAACAAAAAGAGGAAUGUUUUAGGCAAGGCACAAGAUUUUCAAUUCGUUGAAAACGCGUUUACCAGAAUGUGGAAGUCGAUUAAUGCAAAAAAUAAAUGUGAACUGAAGUGACCCGCAAUGUACAUUUGAAUUUCCUUUUGUUCAUUUUUAAUUUUUUUAAUUUCCAGAUGUGUGGCGUAAUUAGAUAAACACUGAAAAUGUUCAGUGUGUGUGUGAGCAUAUGUUUUAAAAGAAGCAAAGUUGCCGGGACUCCAUCAUGUUCAAUAUCAUUUUCAUGACCUUGUAUGUAUGCCGUUGGAUGUCGCUUGUUCAGAUUGCUGAAGUAUUUUGAACCGAUGACAGUUGAGCACUUAAGAAGCUUUACUGAAAUAUCUAUUUUUCUGAUCCAUGUUUUGUUGUCCUUGUGCUGCGAAUGAAGGUGAAUGUUUACAUGAUGUAUUUAGUACAGAUUAGUUUCUUUGUUUAUAUCUCUUGGUACAAUUUUACAAACGUAUUUCUUUAAUGUGUCAUACACAUUUGUGCUGCUUUACGAUUAUGAUUGCCUUUUUAAUUACAAAACGGGGGAGAUAGAAUGUCACCUAGAUAUAGGCCUAUGUAUUCACAAUGACUUUGGUAUACUCUUGAGAAAAAGUCAGAUGCAAAAAUUGUAGUCAAUGUUUUUAGUUAGUGAUGAUAAUGCUCUGAAUUCAGUCCUUUUUGUCCAAAAGGGUCUGCUCACUCCAGUUUACAUGGUCAGUUUUCCAAAGUCAGUUCUUGUUUGUUGUUAAUUUGAAUUAAUGAAAGUACCAAUAGUGUUUUCUUGCACAUUUGGAUACAGUUAAACAUUUUUGUAUCUGCUGGUAUAAAUUAUGAAUAAAAAGUUAUUCAAAGCUU